AGUAUUUAAGGUGGUGAUCAAAUUUGCGGCCCGUGCUGAUCUCCACCAUCUGGCUAUGUUUCUAGCUGGAAGGCAAGCAGAUGCCCCUCAGGAAGCUCUUCAAGUGCUUGACAUUGUACUACGUGAAUUGCCUACCGCGAGGUAUUCUCCUGUUGGUAGGUCAUUUUACUCUCCCAACUUAGGGAGACGUCAAAAACUUGGUGAGGGAUAGGAAAGUUGGCGUGGUUUUUACCAAAGCAUAAGGCCGACAAAGAUGGGCCUUUCACUGAAUAUUGAUAUGUCCUCUACUGCAUUUAUCGAGCCUCUCCCUAUGAUCGAUUUUGUUGCUCAGCUUCUUAACAGAGAUAUCUUAGUUAGACCAUUAUCUGAUUCUGAUCGCGUGAAGAUUAAAAAAACCCUAAGAGGUGUGAAGGUUGAGGUGACUCACAGGGGAAACAUGCGCAGAAAAUAUCGCAUUUCUGGCCUCACCUCACAAGCAACAAGAGAGCUAUCAUUCCCUGUUGAUGAUCGUGGUACUGUGAAGACUGUGGUGCAAUACUUCAUGGAGACUUAUGGUUUUAGUAUCCAGCACACCACUUUACCAUGCUUGCAAGUGGGCAAUCAACAAAGACCAAAUUAUCUGCCUAUGGAGGUUUGCAAGAUUGUUGAAGGACAGCGUUACUCAAAGCGACUCAAUGAGAAACAAAUCACUUCUCUACUGAAAGUGACCUGCCAGCGCCCUCAAGAGCGUGAGCUAGACAUCUUACAGGAUUCCGGCUCUCAUCAAGUGACUCCUCCCCAUCACGAUGACUUUGCGGACAAAUGUCUCAAUUCUAGUGGUGGAGCUACGAACAACAAUCUGAUGUCCUGAUUGAGAGCGAUAGAGCUAAUGUUUGAACUUGUGUGUUUGAACUUGUGAACUAAAAAUGUGAACUAUAGAUGUGAACUUAUGUGAAUUUGUGAACUUAUGCAUUUGGACUUAUGUGAAUUUGUGAACUUAUGUAUUUGGACUUGUGUGAAUUUGUGAUAUGAACAUAUAUCCAUGUGUUUGAAA